AUUGUUCAGAAACGAAACCUAAACGGAGAAACAAGCUUGUCGUCUACGGUUCUUUUAAUAUGGACUGUCCUUCUCCUAAUAAGCUGUUCCUGUUCUUGCUUUCAUGGAUAGCAACUCUAUUCGGUAUUAAACACCACGGUCCCGUAAACAUGGGAACAACAACGAACGUCGGCUUAAACUACGGCCUCCUCGGAGACAACCUCCCGUCUCCGUCAGAUGUUAUCAGCCUUUACAAGUCCAUAGGCAUUACUAAAAUUCGAAUCUUCGACCCAAACACAGAUGUUCUCAACGUCUUACGUGGUCACCACGAAAUCGAACUCACUGUAGGAAUCAAGGACCAAGACUUGGCUGCUCUUGCGGCUAGCGAAGAAGCUGUAAAGGGAUGGUUCGCAACUAACAUCGAGCCUUACUUAGCUGACGUGAACAUCACGUUUAUUACCGUUGGUAACGAAGUCAUCCCCGGACCGAUCGGUCCUCAAGUGCUUCCCGUUAUGCAGUCUCUCACCAACCUCGUCAAGUCAAAGAGUCUUACCAUCUCUGUCACCACUGUUGUAGCUAUGUCCAACCUCGGACAGUCUUAUCCGCCUUCCGCUGGAAUGUUUACUCCCCAGUCACGUGAACAACUCGUGCCCGUGUUGAAGUUCUUGUCUCAAGCAAGAACACCGAUCCUCGUCAACAUCUACCCUUACUUCGCUUACGCGUCCAACCCUGUAAACAUAAGCCUCGACUAUGCCACCUUCAACGCCAAAACUGUCGUGGUCGAGGACGGGGCAAUGCAGUAUACGAACAUGUUUGAUGCUAUUUUCGAUGCGUUCGUGUGGGCAAUGGAGAAAGAUGGUGUGAAGGAUGUAUCCAUGGUUGUGUCGGAGACAGGAUGGCCUUCAGCUGGUAAUGGGAACUUGACAACGCCUGAGAUAGCUGCUAUGUACAAUGGAAACUUUGUCAAACAUGUGAGAAGCGGUAAAGGGACGCCUAAGAGGCCGAACUGUAGUGUUACUGGGUUUAUAUUUGCGACUUUUAACGAGAAUCAGAAACCAGUUGGAACAGAAGAGCACUUUGGGUUGUAUGAGCCUACUGAUUUGAAGCCUAUCUACAAGUUGUUUUGAUUUUUUGAUUUUUGAUUCUUUUGACUAUCAUCAAUUUUUUAGUUAUUCUUAUAUAUAACGCUCUGAUAUUUGUAAUAGAGUGGGACAAAAUUCAAGGUGAGCUAUAUAUGUAUAUCAUCCAUUUAUAAUAUCUCAGUUUCAUUUUGAAUCUUUGAUAAUGAGGUAUUGAAGUCGAACUUUAGUUGUGUUUAGAGUUUGCUUAUAUGUAAAUCAUCCAUUUAUAAGAUUUAAGUUGCAAGUUUGAUCGACCAUCUCUGUGGACUGUGGUUGACUACUAAGUAAGAAGCUAAUAACUAGAACAAGAACUCGGAAGAGAAGCCAAACAGUUGCUUCAGUUCGGUUUCCACUGCUUGUUUGGUUCUUCAAAAGUCUUGAGUUUUGAGGUGCCAAGAGGCCAGCAGAAUACAACAGAUAGCCAAUUAUAAUAGUUGGAUAUGAUCAAUAUUUUAACAUUCACUUUUAAAUGGUUUUACUAGUAACUUUGUGAAGCAUGUGAGAAUUGGUAAACGAACGCUUAAGAGGCCAAACAGUUAGAAAACACAUUUAUGUAAAUAGAUUUUUUUUUUUUGAAAAUUAGACAUUAUCCAAAGCAAAACGAUAAGGGUUUAAUGAAAGUAAAAACACUGUUUUCACAACUAGCGAGAAAGGAAAUAAAAAAGAAGUUUGAGCAAGCUUAGUAUCUCAUAUGCGGUAGCAGAAUGAACAUGAUACACAAAUUUGCUGGUGCGGUUAGCUGGUUUAGUGACCAUACUUCUGGAACUCCCACUCACUGUUAUCUGUUAAAAAAACAAGAGCAAUAUUAACAAACAGACAAA